AUGUACUAAGAUUCUCGUCAACGAGAUUAUUCAAAUCAUUCAAGUUAAGUUGAACACUAAAAAUUUAAAACAAGUCAAAUUAAUUCAGAAGAAUAGGUAGUAAAAUUUACAGUGAGAUAAGACUUUUUAAAUGUAAUAGGUAUAGCUGCAGAUUUUCAAGCAGCCAUUGAAUCUUAAAUAAAGGAAUAAAAUUUUGAUUAAAUUAUGGCAAUGUUGCAUAACAAAUUAAUAUUAUAAGUCAAUCUUUCAAGUUCAAUACAUUAUGAUUAAUAAUAUGAAUGCCAAAAAUCACAUCAUUUGAAGGAAAUAUUAUAUUAAGAAAAACUUAAAGCAAAGCAAUUUCUAAAAUCCAUUUUAGAUCAAUAAAAAUUUGAUCCUAAAAUAGAGUAGCAUCUCAGAAUUUACUUAAAUAAUUGUUUAGGAGAUCGUCCUCAAAUGUUAUAAGAACCAUUAAAUAGUAUAAAGUAUAAAACUGAAUUCAACUAAGACACAGUUUAAAAGAUCCUUGGUUCUAUGAAUUCAACAGAUCAAAAAUACAGAGAUUUAUAAAGUGGAAAAACUUAAGCAGAAGAAUUAUCAAUAAGUUAAAUUGAUUAAUAUAUAAAGUAAAAUUUUUAUGUUAUUAAUCUUAGGAAAAGAAAAGAUGCUACUUAGAAAAAAUUGAAAAAUGAGUCGGAUAGAGAGUGUAAAUGCUCAGUAAUGUGA